AGAUGCAAUAACGACCGGAGGUUGGCACACCGUAUGCACCAACACAGAUACUCUAGUACCUACAGAGCAACGACGAUCCCCAUGCUCUCCUUCACCAAACGAGUGGAGGCCUUCGCUCCAUGCCUCCGCUCCGCGGCUCAGCAUCUCCGGUGGGCCAGGACAGAUGCGGGCCCAUCUCCAGUGCGGAGGCGGCGGCGGCCCAGUUCGCCGUCCCUGGCGAAGAAGGGGGAGGAGAAGUCGGAGUGGUGGAUAGUGGACGGCGAGAUGCACGAGAUCGGUGAUCACGUGCCUCCACGUGAGCGGUUCGUGAUACCCAGGGACAACAUCCCUAACAAGCGCCGCAAGCAGCUGCGGGAGCAGUUCAUGCGCCGCACUCGCCUCGUCCUCAAGGAAUCGGAGCACGAGCCUUGGUGCAAGAAGUACAUGGAGUUGUAUCAUGAGCUUAGAGAAAACUGGGAGAGGCUGUACUGGGAUGAAGGCUACUCCAAGAGAAUUGCCCUAGAUCAUGCCAACUACGACUCUGCUGAAGAUGAUGAUCACGAUUUUUCCCCACACAGGAGCAGGCGAUCUGCUGCUGAGCCAGUGAAGGUAUGGGUUUGGUUUGCCUUCUAUAUGUCAUCUUGUUUGCUUUGGAAAUACCAUAAACAAGAAAUUAUGAAAAAUGGGUAGGAAUUGGAAUUGGGAAUUGAAUUCAUUAAGGGACUUACUUCUCUGAUAUAGAGUACCAUAGAAACACAGUUCGACUAUGAUGCUGAUGGAGUUAAGAAACUUGGGAUUGGGUAAACAGGUCUUACUUGAAAGCACAUUCGGAUAUAGGG